GGGAAUUCCUGGCGGUACCAAUUGUCGGCGCUAAGUGCCUGAGGAGUAGACGGAGUGAGGAGAAUCCCCCGCUGCCAUUGAUCUCUCACAGCAUCGCCGGUACCGGAGCAGGGUCCCAUGAUGAAUUACCUGCGGCGCCGCCUGUCGGACAGUAACUUCAUGGCCAACCUGCCCAAUGGCUAUAUGAGCGACCUGCAGCGCCCGGACCCGCCCGCCCCUCCGCCCCCGGGACCCCAGGGGCCCCCUCCUCCCGCCGCCCCUCCUCCCGCCGCCGUCUCCCCCGAACCCCCCAGCUCUGGCGGCUUCUUCUCUUCCCUUUCUAACGCCGUGAAACAGACCACCGCGGCCCUCAGCGAGCAGGUCUCCACCGCCACCGGGGGCGGCCCUGGCCUCAAGGGCAGCAAAGUCCUCCUCGUCAUCGAUGAACCGCACAGCGACUGGGGGAAGCUGUUUAAGGGGAAGAGAGUCAGUGGAGAAUACGAUAUAAAAGUGGAACAGGCUGAGUUCUGUGACCUGAAUCUGGUGGCGCACAGUAAUGGCAGCUUUUCUGUGGACCUGGAGGUUCUGAGGAAUGGGGUGAAGGUUGUGAGGUCAUUGAAGCCAGACUUUGUGCUGAUUCGCCAGCACGCCUUCAGCAUGGCACGGAACGGAGACUUCCGCAGCUUGGUCAUUGGGCUGCAGUAUGCUGGGGUGCCCAGCCUUAACUCCCUGCAUUCUGUCUACAACUUCUGUGACAAACCUUGGGUGUUCUCCCAGUUGGUGCGAUUACACAAGAAGCUGGGGCCGGAGGAGUUCCCUCUCAUUGAGCAAACCUAUUACCCCAACCAUAAGGAGAUGCUCACCGCAUCCAAGUUCCCGGUCGUGAUCAAAAUGGGACACGCACAUUCAGGAAUGGGUAAGGUGAAGGUGGACAAUCAGUAUGACUUCCAGGACAUAGCGAGCGUGGUGGCGCUGACCAAGACCUACGCAACGUCAGAGCCGUUCAUAGACUCCAAGUACGACGUGCGCAUCCAGAAGAUUGGGAGCAACUACAAGGCCUACAUGAGAACCUCCAUUUCAGGGAACUGGAAGACCAACACUGGGUCAGCCAUGCUGGAGCAGAUUGCUGUGUCAGAUAGGUACAAGCUGUGGGUCGACACUUGUGCUGACAUUUUUGGGGGGCUGGACAUCUGCGCUGUGGAAGCACUUCAUGGGAAAGAUGGACGGGACCAUAUCAUUGAGGUGGUUGGCUCCUCUAUGCCUCUGAUUGGAGAGCAGCAGGAGGAGGACAAGCAGCUGAUAGCAGACUUGGUUGUGUCCAGGAUGUCCCAGAAUCUGCAGUGCAGUCCAUCCCUGAAUCGCCCUACCCAUGGCACCCAGCCUCAGGCGCAGGUUGUUCACUCCAAAUCCGCGACUCCCAUUCAGCAGCAGCAGCAACAGCCUCAGAGACUCCCUCCUCAAGGGGGUCCUCAAGCAACCCAAGGUCCAUUGCGCCAGGGUCCACCCCCCCAGCAACGACCCCCACCACAGGGUCAGCAGGUCCAGGGUCUAAGUCCUCAGCCUUCUGCACAUCCACCAAAUCUACCCAGUCCAGGGGCCCAGCAACGCCAAAUUCCCCCUCAACAGCAGCCCCAGCAGGUGCGACCCCAGCAGCAGCCUUCGCCCCGCCAGUCCCAGUCCCCUCAGCGGCAGCCAAGUCCACAAUGGCCACAGUCACCUCAAAGGCAACAGCAAGGUCCACCUAUGCCAACUGGCCCCAAGCCAAUGGGAGUUCAGCCUGGGCAGCCGCGGCAGCCCGGUCCUCCAAGACAGCCAAUCCCUGCAGGGCCUCAGCAGAAGCCGUUACCACCAGCCAGCCAGCAGCAGCCACCACAACAGGGCAUCCGCCAACCAAUGCAGCAGCCACCUCUUCAGCAGCGCCAGUCUGUUCCUGGAGUGCCACCACAACAGCAGCAGCCUCCACAGCGACCAAUGACUCAGCAGCCCCGACCUAAUCCCCAGGGACCCGGGCAAGCUUCCUCCCGCCCUGGAGGGCCACAAAAGCCGCAAGUGGCUCAGAAGCCGGGUGUCGAGCUGCCCCCACCCCAGUCGCAGCUCAAGUAAGAGCCCUGGCGGUUCUGGGUGGGCCAUACAGGUUUCCGGUUCCUAUACUUCCUUCUGCAUCCCGGUCUGUUGCAUGUUGCCUGUGGCAGUUACACUGGAUUUACUUUAUCUCUCCAUGUGCCAAGACCAUGGGGGUCCCUAGGGGGCACCAGCUGAUCAUUAAGAUUCAUUGGCUGCUCUCACACGCCCACCAUUGUCUUGGUUACCAGGGUGACAAUAUAAUUCCAGUCUGGAGUGCUACCGAGCUGCCAAGAAUAUUUGCUGUGAAUGAAAAGUACAAUGAUAACGAUGGUGAUGCAUGACUUUAACUGUUCAUUAUUUCUCUCCCACCCCUUCUUUAUGUUCCUCCUUUAUCAUCUCUUCUCCAACGUAACCGCCUCACCCCUGGUCCUGUUUGGCAUCCUUCGCAAUUGUGCUGCCAUGUGCUUGGGUUGUGCAUGUUCUGCUCCAUCUGUCUUGUGCCCCCACAAACCUCUGGUGCCCGUGUCUCAUGUCACCGCUCCCCACUAUGGCACCUCUUCUCCUCCUUCUACACAAACAUCUCACCGGAUGUUGGCUCUUUACCCACUUACAAUCCCACGUCAUCCCUUCCAUCUUGUGCCCCCCUUGCACCCCAAUUCAUUUGCCUCCACCAGUAAGUCCCAGUCCCUCACCAACUCCUUCACCCUUGCAGACACGCAGGCUCCUCGCUCCAACCUUAGCCAAGAUGAAGCAAAAGCCGAAACGAUCCGCAACCUGAGGAAAUCCUUUGCCAGUCUCUUCUCUGACUAAUGGAGGGGUCGCCGGAACCUCACUUGUACCCUUUUCCCACUUCAUGCCCCCCCUUAAGCCCCGUGGCUUUGUGUAUGAACUGUUCCCUUGCCCCCUGUGACACAUAUGCACGGCUUCUUGUGCUGGUGCCACACAAUAUGGACACGUGGAUAUGGGAACAAAAGAGAGAGAAAUCUGUAUAAAGAGGAACGUGACAUAUUUCUACGCUCUAUAGACAGGUCCUUAUUGGUGCUGGUACAUUCCCCAGUGCAGCAUGACACAUGCUGGUUGUUGUGCCCCAGUCAGUGGUGUCAUUGUGGCUUGGUGUUGCUAGUGGAGUAGUUCAACGUGUGCGUUUGUGAGUCUUUGCCAUUGCGCUCUCAUAUCGUAACACCCUCCUUUCCAGGCCGUAUCUCAGUUGUGGCCCAUCGCCAUUGUCAUGUUCCUUCUGCUUAGAUUACAUUCCUGGCCUGGCACCCAUCUCUCCCACGCCUCAGCACCCUCAUAAAUUUUGUUGUCAAGCAAAGCUUGGGGUUAUUUGCCAGCACGGCUAAUGUUUCUGAUGAACCUUGUGUUGCCAUGGACUAGUUUUGUGUGCCAGUAAAUGUGUUGUGUGUGUAACCCCAGCUUGCCAGUGUAUGGUGUAACAUUGCCACAAAUUUGUUGGUGCCCCCCAUAGCAAACUAUUCUUCUAAGUAUUACCAGUCAUUUAUUUCACCACGUCAGCCCCCCCCCCACACAUUGUCAAGGAACUGGAGGAGAAACGAGUAUAUAGCUUGUCUGUAAAUGUGUGAAAAUGUGCCCCCUCCCGGGUAACAUAACCCUUAUUUGUCCAAAGAAAUAAACAAUCUGCCAACAAAA